GAGGACAAAAGGUACCAGGAUUUCUUAGCUCGACCCAUCGCAGGAGCUGGUGCUGUCACCAGCCAACACUUGGCAGCAAAACAUCCAAAGCUUCAACAAGGACAACAAUCUGCUGAACACCAUUUUCGUCAAUCAUAAUUUACAAAAGCCCAAAGUAUCCACGGCGGAAAUGUUGUUCGGUAUACCGUUGCGCGAUACGGGUGUAAAGCGCUAUCCAAUGCGUGUCCGGCCGAUUCACGUAUCCUGCGAGAGAACAAUCCUUACUUCAUCGAAUCGUUGAGGCAGAAACUAAUCUGCGCCUAUCCACUGCACCAGACGGAAAUCGAGGCAGUGACCGAUCUUGAGAACGGUGAACCGGUAGAGAAAGAUCCACCGUCACCAGCGUCACCGCAAUCCAUCAUGUACAUGUUCUACCCAGGAGAGUUCAACUGGAAAGAGGUGUUGCCCCAGUGCAUGGCGUUCUGUGUGCUCUUCAGCAACGUCUUCUCGGUGCGCAAAAUCGAAGCCAUCCGUUCCCUGCUCAUGCUCGCUUCCUGUGCGGUGCUGACCGUCCUCGGGAGCGUCAUGGUGUCUCUCGGAUUGUGUUUUUUCGGCCUUACCGUCAGCUUCCAGUCGAAGGGAGCCUAUCCGUAUCUGGUGAUACUGGUCGGGCUGGAAAUCGUACUCGUACUCGUACCAAGAGCGUCAACGUAAAGUUUCGGGUGGCGCAGGGCCUCAGCCGGAAAGGUGGUCGAUCACGAAGAUGCUGACAUGUUGACCAAGAUUACCAUCCUGACGGGCGGCCUGCCAACGUUUGUGCCGGUCAUUCAGGAGUUCAGCAUCUUCGCGAUCGUGGGCCUCUU